GAGCGGCAUCGUCUUCGUGCGCCGUCACGUGACCCCGCCGGACUGGACCUCGCGUCACCUGCCGUCAGAGACUAAAGAUGGCGUCGGUAGGGACACCGCAGCUCGGCCGCAUCCCCGCAGCUUUGGCCGUUUUUCUCCGUUUACUAAGCGCAUUAAGCCCGGGAACCUGCGAUGAGCAGGUGCCGCUGGUCCUGUGGUCAAGCGAAGGGAUCUCUCUACCAAGUCAGUCCCCUCCCACCGCGGGUCAGAUUGUUGGGCAGCAGCAGCUCGCCUCUUACCUGGAGAAAGCUCUGAACGUGGGCCCACGAAAUGUAGUGCUGUUCCUUCAGGACAAGAUGAGCAUAGAGGACUUCACCAUGUACGGUGGGGCUUUUGGAAACAAGCAGGACAGUGUUUUUCCCAACGUUGAGGGGGCCCUGAUGUCCUCGUCCUCCCCUCUGGUGUUACCUGCUGUGUCCUGGCCGGCCUCCAAUGCAGUGAUUGGCCAGCUCCAGGACCAAUUAGAAACCUCCCCUCUGUACAUGGACCCAGAAACACUGAGCCAGCUGAGACUCAAUGCCUCUUCACCCGCCCUGCUGGUGUUCAGGCUGCCCUACGGCAUUGGGGCUGAUCUGAUGUCUCCCAAAGAAAUCCUCAGUGGAAACGAUGAGGUGAUUGGUCAGGUGUUGAGCAUCAUGAAGACCCAAUCUGUUCCAUACACAGCCAUUUACACAGCCCUGCGGCCCUCAAGGGAGGCAGCGUCUCUUUCUAUGGACUCAGGUCUGGGUGGAGGACGCUCUCUGCUGCAGGCCAGAGGUGGAUACAGGGAGAGGGAGCGGAGGAUUAAAGAGAAGGCCGGGACCUACCCUCCAGUGGAGUUUAAGGAGGGGGAGGACACCUGUAUCCUCCUGUGGGCAAAAGGCCUGUCAGUGAGCAUCCUUCGGAGCGGUCGCUGGGAAGACCAUGACCUGACCCCAGCUACCUUUGGGGAGGGUGCAAGCCCAAAACUCCACGGCUCCAGCUGCGACAAAACCAGAGCAAAGUUGGUUCUUAAUUAUGAGAAUGUCCUUGGCCACCGCAGCUUCAAACUGAUCUUUGCUAUGAGCCAGCGUCACUACAAGGUGUCUGCACGCCGCUGGUUCACGCUUGAUGCUGUGGAGCUGGAGUACGACGGGACCAAAGCCACAUUCAACGGUAGCAGAAACAUUUAUGCCCCCGCUGAGUACUCGUACCGCUGUGAGUCCGUCACCAGCUUCCGUUGGCCGCUGCUCAUCCCACGCUCAUCCAAAGAUCCAGCCAAUCAGUGGAGGGUCUCUUUUGAAGACUUCCAGAUCCAGGGUUUUAACGUGACCGACAGUGAAUUCUCAUACGCCAGUGACUGUGCUGGCUUCUUCUCUCCUGGUAUCUGGAUGGGUCUGAUGACCAGUCUUCUCAUGGUCCUGGUGCUCACCUACGGCCUGCACAUGAUCAUGCAGCUCCGCACCAUGGACCGCUUUGAUGACCCCAAGGGCCCGGCCAUCUCUGUGCCCCAGACAGAGUAACACACCUGCAGUCUGUCUGACUUCACGCUCCGAUUUUCCUUCAUUCUGUCCCUCAAAUGCUCCUCCUGCUACAAUGCUUCCACUCCCACCCUUUACAUUCCUCUCCCGUUCAUCUGUCGUUGGGCAUUAUGCAGAAUGAUCGGUGAUGUUGUUAGAAUAAGAGCUUAUUCAUCGUAUAACAUGUCAGUUUAUACCUUUUUAAAAUGGGCAUCCUGAGACUGAAGAAUGUCAUUUUCAGGUAGCCCCAGUUUGUGCCUCUCACGGUUCAGUGUUACAUUCACGUCACAGUUACUAUUUCUCUGAAAGAGAACUACCUGGAGAUGUUUGAAAGCCUCUGAAGGUCAGUCAACGAUCUUUGAGAGAAACCGAUCCUUCCCACUGCAACGCGUCCUCUAUCGUUCCCCCUGAGGCACAAGCUGGGGCUGGUUUUCAGGCUGCCACGGAUCACUGUGUCCCACCGGAAAGGGAUACAACUGUACAUAUGGGGACAAAGAUAACUUAUGAAAAAUGAAUUAUGAAAUGCUAUUUAUUGGUGAAACUACUGUCAUUUGUGUAGGUUUGUGUUUACAAUUGUGUCUGUUAGUGGACAAGUGAAAAGCUGUCGCUGAAUGAAGGGAAUUAAUUUUUUGCGUAUGGAUGAUAGAUAGGUCAUAUCCGUUGCUUUCCGUUAACUUUAGGUCAAAGGGACAUUCUGAUGAACACGCUGACAAUGCAGAUUUUUUAUUUCUAUGGUUUUUAUUUGGUAUAACAUGAAAGAAAAGUAAGACAUUUCCAGUUGUUUCUGAAUUAUCCUCAUGGUUGUUUCAAGUAACUUUUUAUUUUUGUGUCUGUCAUAAUUAACAUGAAUAUUGUAUUUCUCAAGUCAAGCUCUCCCAACUGAUGUGCACUGAAGUAUGCUUAAUGUGAAAUUGUUAUUUUUCUGUUUUGAUAAUUUAUUAUGUUUUGAGGAUUUGUAGUGAACAUCAUUGAUGUAAAGUCCUGAGUAUGGUCCUGUGUCGUGGUGCUGCUGUGACCCCAAUAAAACAUCUGUGAAA